AUGACUUCCUCACUGCGUCGUUCACCCUCAUUAUGUAGUUCGAUGACACCAAAUAUUUCAUUGGAUGUGCAUGAUCAUGUUAUUGCUUCUCCCCAUUCCACUGAAUUGAAUUCUAACGUAGGUAUUCAAAUUGAACCGGAGUCGAAAUUACCCGCCACCAAUUUGUCAUCUAAUAUAGGAAACAUUCCGGUAGUUUAUGAACCAACGGAAACAUCACCACUUUCCAAUGUACCGAUGAAUCCACUGCUGUAUUCUUUACAAAAACAGUAAGUGUUUCAAUUUUGCGUGAUAUUUUUAAUGUCGUUUCAUGCGCUCGUAAUUUUUUCUUAGUGUUAUGGAAACAUUUGUCCGUGUCUGGAUAGUGAUAUUGUCUUUUCUUUUUCAGUUGCUUAUAACUCGAAAGAUACUUUUC